CGGCCCCAGCGCAGGCGCAGUGGCCAGAGUUCAGAGUGAAGAAACAUGGCUGCCCCGACGCUUAGUGCAAGACUUUACUCCCUGCUGUUCCGUAGGACGUCCACCUUCGCCCUCACCAUCGCGGUGGGCGCCUUGUUCUUCGAGCGCGCCUUCGAUCAAGGCGCGGAUGCCGUCUACGAGCACAUCAACCACGGGAAGCUGUGGAAACACAUCAAGCACAAGUAUGAGGACAAGGAGUAGUUCCUGGGAGGCGCCCAUUCAGGCCAGAAGGACCAGGUCCACCCACUAGCUGUUUGCCCAGAGCCGGGGCCUCAGCUUGAAGAUGGUGUUGAAGUUAGCCUUCAUGGACUAGCUGUGGCUGUUGGCAAGAAAUGACUUCACCUGACAAACAGACUCUUUACCUUCUACCGUGUUUGAAGUAUCUUUAGUCACGGUCAUCAGCAAAUAAAUGUAAAUUGUACCUGA